ACAAAAAAUAAAGUAAUUAAUUAAUUGUGUAAAACAACUAAUAAUAAUAUGUUCAAAGUUUUUGCGCAAACAAUCAGUGAUGCCGUCAGUAGAGCAAUGGCUGAAUUUGCUGGCAAAUGGAAAUUGGAUAAAAGUGACAAUUUUGAUAACUUCUUGAAAGAAUUGGGCAUCAAUUUUAUGAUGCGAAAGAUGGCCGGAACUGCAUCGCCGACGGUCGAGAUCAGCCGCGACGGCGAUUCGUUUACAUUCAAAACCAUUACAUCCAUAAAGACAUCGUCGGUAACCUUUACUUUGGGCCAAGAGUUUGAAGAGGAACGGCUGGACGGGAAAAAAGUUAAGUCGGUGAUGACACUCGAUGGCAAUAAACUGAUCCAAACACAGGUAGACAAUGGCAAAGAGGUCAAGUAUGUCAGAGAGUUUAACGGCGACGUACUAACAGUGACAUCGACGGCCAACGGUGUGGUCUGUGUCCGGGUCUAUAAACGUCUCUAAUAUUUAUGGAUUUAAUAUAUAAUUAAAAAAUUAAAUU